GCUUAUGGGAAAAAGCACUCAAAGCUCUUGAAGAAAAUGAAGACAUACGUGGCAAUGUGCGGCCUAGCACGCACGUGUAUUCGACAACAUCGCUCCAGGAGGAAGUCACAUCGCCAGAGUCGCUUUUGAAGGCCAUCAGUGACUUCAAGGAGGCCGUAGGCUCCACUGGGCAGCCCCUUUUCAUGGAUUUGAAACCACUCAAGGAGUUGAGUGACAAGUUCGACGCUGUUGAAGAAAAUACCGAAGCUCUCGAACUUUUGGAAGAACUGGAUCAGAUGUACGACGACAUAAAACUUACCAAAGUCAGCAUGAUGCGAUGGAUCACGGAAACCGGGAAAGAUUUUUCGGAUGAAGAAGAAGAAAAGAUCAACUCUUUAUUAAGCAAAAUCAACAACUGCCUCCGAGCUUUCAUCAAAGUCGGUCAAGAAGCCAGUUUGUUCAAGAAAAUGGACCGCUCCAUCAUUGAAGCUGCUCAUGAUAAGUACGCAGACGGACUCGUGGACGGAAUUGCAACUUACAACUUGGCUUACAGAAGACUCAAGGAAGAUCUCGGUAUG